AUGACUCUCACUCGCUUUGUAAAAGCACUUGUGUAUGAAGCAAGUACUCCAACCACUAGAGUUCAAGAAAGAAUUCCAGAACCUGAAUUAGUGAUGAACGACUCUCAACAAGUGAAAUCCUACAUGGAAUCAUGUAAACGAGUCAUGACACCCGUCUACCUGUUCUGUUGUGCUCAAGUUGCAAACCUCAUCCAACCAGGAAUGACUGUAUUGGACUUGGGUUGUGGUUCUGGUGCUGUGCUCUGUAUGAUUGCUUCCAUGCACCCUGAAAGUGAAUUUAUUGGUUUUGAUCUUAGUGAGAAUAUGUUGCAACAUGCUCAAGCAGAGAUUGAUGAGAUGAAUUUGAAGAAUGUAAAGCUUGUGAAGGGAGAUAUGACUGACUUUUUGGAGCAACAUGGAGAUACCACGUCCCAAGAUGAAUUGACUCGUUUCAAGCAAGCUAGUUUUGAUGUUGUGAUGUGUACCAAUGCUUUACAUCAUUUACCUGAUGAGAAGGCGUUACAAAAGUGUUUUGCCAACAUUUCUCAAGUAUUGAAGAAAGAAGAUGGCUCUCUGUAUCUGUUGGAUUUUCUUCAUGUUCGCUCUGAAAAGACCAUGCACCUUCUUUCCCAUUUCCACGAAGAGGAACAAGAGGAAUUAUUUACCCAAGACUAUGCGAACUCUCUCAAAGCAGCCUUCUUUAAAGAUCAAAUCUUACAUGCCAUGAAGAGCUUGCCAAGCGAUGGAUGUGAACUAUUCACAACUUUUGGUGUUUCGUUUUUGUUUUGUAUCAAGAAGGAAGGAAAUCGUUCUUCGAAUGAAUCCAGCACCAAACUCUCCACCAGACACCAAGAAACUCUCCUUCAAAUGAAACGUGAAAUGAUUCCAUCCAAAGCUUUACAACAUGAUUUGGAAGGUUUGAAAAUGUUAUUCAAGCUUGGUGGUUUGAGAACUAACUAUCUUUGA